AUGGCCCCUCGCGGCAGGCGCGGAGACGAUGAGGAGCCCGAGGCCAUCCACACGCUUGGUGUACGCGGUCGAAAAACUGGCGCUUUUUUGCGCGAUACCGGCAAGCGUGACGAGCAUGGCAUGCAACCAUUAGACGAUCUUUCCUCGCCCGAGAAGUCUCCAGUCGCCAACGGCAGAGACAUCAGCGAUGACGAAAGCGACUUGGGGAGUGAUGACAUGGAGAUUGAAGACAGCGCUGGUCCUGGUCCCCGGACGUUGCUUAAGGAUCGACAGCUCCGCAUCCCUCGCAGUCGAUCGCCCAUAAAGACGAAUCUGAUGUCACCCGCACGCAAGAAUCCACACCUCGAGCGCGUCUCUUCACCCGUACGCGGAUCGGUUGUCGAAGAACCCGAGUCGACGGUAACACGAAUGCUCAACUUUGGCCCUAACCGCGGACAAGGCAGGACUAAGCCGAAUGGUUUUAAUGGUACCGUCAGUGAAGAGGACGAGGAUGAGGACGAAGAUGAGGACAUGGACGACAAUACAAACAACACUGUUGUACACCGACCCGGGGAUGAGGAAGAGGACGAAGAUGAGGACCCAGAUCAUUCAGCUCUCUUGGAGGACUCUCUACAGAUGGUUGCCGCUAUGGGCGGAAACACACCUACACCUGAACCGGAAUCACCACCUGCCGAGGAGGAACCAGUCAUCCGUCCGAGCGCUGCGAAGAAGAAGGGUCGCGGAAGGCCAGCAAAGGUUGCACCUAAACCAAUUGCAGAGGACCCCCCCGAGGAACAGUCAGUGGUUGAGGAGGGCUCGACAGCUCAGAAGCGAAGAGGACGGCCAGCAAAGAAGGACGCCAAGCCAAAAGAGCCCACAUCAGCUCAGAGCUCUAAGAAACGGCCAGCUGCACGGAAAUCGACGGAGAGCGAGCAAGCUGAGAACGAGUCGGAGCCAGAGGAGAGUGCGCCACCGCCCAAGAAGCAGCGGACUGUGCAGCCCAAGCCCUCCAAACCACAACCAGCCAAGCCUGCUCCCGCAAAAGCGGCUGCUCCCAAACCCGAGCCCAAACCUCGUGGUAAGCCUGGACGAAAGCCCAAGCUCCCAGUGGUGGAAGAGGACAAUGUUGGCGAUACGUCAUUCGCGGCCCUCCAACGCGGUCCGCCGAUGCCCCAGUCUCGUGGUCUUGUAUCUAUGCGUCACGACGCCGACGUCAUGAGGCAGACGAGAUCUGGCAGACAUUCGUACAAGCCACUGGACUGGUGGAGAGGUGAACAAGUCGUACAUGAGGAAGAGGCGAUCGACAAUAUGUUUGCCAAGGAUCGUUUUGUCCUACCUACCAUCAAGGAAGUUAUCCGCGUACCCGAGGAACUUGCCCCGUCAAAGCGCGCGCCGCGGAGCAAGGCACGCUCCAAAGCCAAGUCUAAACAGCGACCUAUUCAUGCUGAAGAGGAGGAACUUGAGGACUGGGAGAUCAGCCCCGGUACCGUCACUGGCGAGGUCAUACUAUGGGAGCCAGAGCACGAGUUGCAACCGCCGGCCGACGACGAACCCGUCGAAGUGACGGAAGAGCGUGUGGCCGUUUCAGCCGACGCCAUCCAGACACGCGAUAUCCGCGAUGCCACGUUCCGCUUUGCCAAGACGCUGAUCACGCCCUUCAUGGGCGCCGGUGUUGUCGACCUGCCCCCUGGCACGGAGAAGAGGCCCAAAAACUCGCGGAAGAUGCACAUGGUCUUCUUUGUCCAUUACGGCAAGGUUCUCGUCACCGUCAACGAGGCACAGUUCCGCAUCACCGCCGGAGGCAUGUGGUUCGUUCCCAGAGGAAACUACUACAGCAUCACAAACGACUACGACAACCCUUCACGCAUCUUCUUCUCCCAAGCAUGCGAGGUCUCCAGCCAAUUAUUCGAUCCCGAUCAGUCGCAAAACUCCACACUGGCCCUCAGUUAA